AUGCACUUCAAACGCAUUGGUGACAACUGGUACACCCUCAUCAUCCGAGAUGAUUGCACCCGCUGGACACGUGUUUUCUUUCUGAAGCACAAGUCUGACGCCGCUGCCGCGUUCGAGCGAUAUCUGGCGGACUACAGAGCAGAAACCGUCCCGUGUGAGGUGUUUGUCGCACGUACUGACGGCGGCGGAGAAUUCCAGGGCCAGUUUGCGGAGGUCUGCCGUAGAUACGGCAUCAAGCAAGAAUUCACGCCCCCCAACACCCCCAAGGUGGACCCCUGUAGUUUCCGCAAGGUGCUUGACGGAGAAGUCUUAGGUCUCAUCGUGAUCUACGUGGAUGACAUCAUGUUGUCCGCGACCGAGGAGGAGCGUGAAGAGUUGCUAGCGUCUCUCCAGAAGAGAUUCCCUGUGAAGGAUCUAGGAGAUUGUACCUGGUACGAUGGGUGUGCCAUUGAGGUGGACCUUGAGAAUGGUACCACCAAGCUGUCCCAGACGGCUUAUAUCGAGAGCAUGCUCAACCGCUUCAAUGUCACGACCACUGCUUCCACGCCCGCUGUCGUCGACGAUGACCUAGGGCCGAAGAGUGACGACGAGUCCUCGGUGGACAAGCCCGUGAGGGAAGCGAUCGGAUUCCUGAUGUGGUUGCUGUUCACGAGGCCGGACAUCGCGCUGCCUUUGAACAAGCUGCAGAAGAUCGCCCACUCACCCACCGAGAGG